ACUGUGACUCCUGUUCUUAGGAAGGCAGCGAAGCGCUGGUCGGAACACGCGAUUCUGCAGAACCGGGCUUUUACUGAGGUCUGUCACCCUUGGUUAUGUUCAACAGCGUUUUUAGCAGGCGCCACGUGCCUCAGCGUCCAGCAAACGCGCGUGAACAGCAGCUAGCAACAGUUUGACGCGCUAAGCUAACUUGCUAGUCCUCGCACGCCCCCGGCGUCGUGCACGUCCAGCCAGCCGCGUGCACGUCCAGCCCGGUGCUAAAUCCCAACACUGACGUUCAGAAGAUCAGAAAAUCUGAGAUGUCUCUCACACAAGUGUCCUCCAACAAGUGCGCUGGUGGCUUCCAGAAGGUCUUUGAACAUGACAGCACCGAGCUGAAGUGUAAAAUGAAGUUUGCCGUGUUCCUGCCUCCCAAGGCUGAGACGGACAAAUGCCCCGUCCUGUACUGGCUCUCAGGUCUGACGUGCACGGAGCAGAACUUCAUCACCAAGGCCGGCAGCCAGCUGGCAGCCGCAGAGCAAGGCAUCAUCCUCGUGGCUCCAGACACCAGCCCCCGUGGCUGUAACAUUGAGGGGGAGGACGAGAGCUGGGAUUUUGGCACAGGAGCAGGUUUCUACGUGGACGCCACUGAGGAGCCCUGGAAGACCAACUACCGCAUGUACUCCUACGUCACAGACGAGCUCCCCAAAGUGAUCAAUGCCAACUUCCCCGCUGAACCAGGAAGGAUGUCCAUCUGCGGCCACUCCAUGGGUGGCCACGGGGCGCUCGUCUGUGCCCUAAGGAACCCAGGCAAAUAUAAGGCUGUGUCUGCGUUCGCCCCCAUCUGUAACCCGGUGCAGUGUCCCUGGGGACAGAAAGCCUUCUCCGGGUACCUGGGCUCCGACAGGUCUACGUGGGAGGCGUACGACGCCACCGUGUUGGCCGGAUCCUACGCCGGCCCAGAGCUGGACAUCCUCAUCGAUCAGGGCCGCGACGACCAGUUCCUGUCGGCCAGCCAGCUGCUGCCAGACAACCUGAUCGCCGUCUGCUCAGAGAAGAAGAUCGCCGUUGUCUUCAGGCUGCAGCCGGGUUACGACCACAGCUACUUCUUCAUCUACUCCUUCAUCAACGACCACAUCAAGCACCACGCCAAGUACCUGAACGCCUGAACCCGUUCACGCCGCCAGUCAGAACAUCCACUGCUCCCAGUAACAGGACUUGAGCCUUAACAGCAAGUCUUGGUGGAAAUGUUCCUGUGUAUGGAGGCAGGUUGUCGCCACACCUUCAGAAUAAAAGGCGUGAUUAUUAUUG